CAGGAGGGGUACGCAGGGGGGUCGGGACAUUCAGGGCCCGGGGUAAGGACCAGAGUCCGGCACGAGGACUGAGGUCCUGGAUCUGGCCGGCUGCCAUGCCCCUGCACAAGUUCCCUGUGUAUCUCUGGAACCAGCUUCGGCUGAAGGAGGGCAUCUUGGCUCGCUUGCCCCCGCACUACCUCCGAUCCUUGGAGGAAGACCCUGUGCCCACUCCCGUCCACUACAGGCCCCAUGGGGCCAAGUACAAGAUCAACCCCAAGAACGGGCAGCGUGAGCGCGUGGAGGAUGUCCCCAUCCCCCUGUACCACCCCCCUGAGUCCCAGCAGGGGCUGUGGGGCGGUGAGGGCUGGAUCCUGGGCCACAGAUACGUUGGGAAGAACAAGCGUGCAAAGAAGGUGAAGAAGAUAUGGAAGCCCCAGCUGUUCCAGCGAGAACUGUACAGUGAGAUCCUGGACAGGAAGUUCUCUGUGACAGUCACCAUGCGCACACUGGACCUCAUCGACGAGGCCUACGGAUUCGACUUCUACAUCCUCAAGACCCCGAAGGUAGAUCUGUGCUCCAAGUUCGGGAUGGACCUGAAGCGAGGCAUGCUGCUGCGCCUGGCCCGCCAGGACCCGCAGCUGCACCCCGAUGAUCCCGAGAGGAGGGCCACCAUCUACAACAGGUACAAGGAGUUUGUGAUCCCUGAAGCUGAGGCAGAAUGGGUCGGCCUGACUCUGGAUGAGGCUGUGGAGAAGCAGAGGCUCCUGGAAGAGAAGGACCCCAUCCCUCUGUUCAAGGUCUUCGUGGCUGAGCUGGUGCAGCAGCUUCAGCACCAGGCGCUGUCCGAGCCAGCAGUGCUGCAGACUGAGGCGGCCGGGAAAUGACCGCAUGCGGGGACUCCAUGGACGGACAGACAGACAGACAGCCUGUGGCAGGGCCUCUAUGGGCAGCAGGUGAUACCAGGCCAUGUACUGCUAGUUCUGGCUGCCUUGUGCCCCCUCAAUAUUGGAGGCCUGGCUGCGGGUCCACCGCCCCCAGAAACCUUUCUGUGCAGGUGGGGCAGGAAUAAAGUCUGAGCCCAG